AUGUCACGCGUUGGCUCGGUCAGUAUUAACUUGGAUGAUGUUUUUGGCGCAUUGCCAACUUUGACAACAACAACAAAUGUGAAGGCUUCCCCAGUUCCAUCCGAAUAUCAUAGUAGCCGAAAAUCAAGUGUUUCAACAAUCAAAGAAAAACCUGUAAGUUUAAUGUUUGAAAAUAAAAUCAUCUAGAAGUUUUGAAUUAUUCAUCAAUUAUGAAUUUUGAAUAAACGAUUAGGUAAAGCACAAAAAUAUUCCAUAAUUUAAGACAAAAGUUUAUAAUUUGAAUUAAUUUAAAAACAUAACAAAUAUAAUUUCGAAAAUCUCUGAUUUGUUUCCAAGCUCAAUUUCUUUAAAAAUAGUUUUGAAAAGUUAUCAUACAUUUCUUUGAAACCUAUAGUUAAAAGUUUAUAAUUGUGAAAAACUGUAUCGCAAAUGACAUUUUGGAAGAAAGUCUUAACCAAUCGGACUCUAUCUAUUUGAAAACUUGAAACUUUGUUGAAAAGUUCAACCGGAAACUUGCUGAAAUCUUUCUUUGUAAGAAAAUGCUUCACAUUUUUGUGUUUUCCAAAUUAUCAGCAUAUUGAACAUUUCAAUUUUUGUGCAUGAAACACCUUUUUAAAAUGUCUUUUUUUGAUAAGAAGGAUUAUGUGUUUGAGCAUUACAAAUAUUUAUACAUAUUAACAAAAAAAUGAAAAUGUUUAAAUCGUUUUCCAGGCACCUCGAAGUGUUGUAUCAAGUCAUAUCACAACAACAACUGUAUCGAGAACCGUAACUGCUCCACCUCCACAACCACCACAAGAUCAUCAUUAUACCAAUAUUCCAGCAUCAAAUGAUCCACUUCUUGAUUCAAUCUUUUCAGCUGUGUCCCUUCCAGUUGUUCAAAACCAUACUCAUCACGAUGAUGUGAUUCGACAAAUUGAUGAUGUUCUUCAAGAUUUUGAUCAAGAAUCGAUUGCUGAUGAGCCAAGUUAUCGAGCUCCAUCAACUCAUGUUAGCUCACAUAUCAGCUCCCAUCAUCAAUAUGUUAGUGCUGCUCAUCCACAAAACACCGGAAGUGUUGUUUCAAACGGAACUGCAAAGGUGAGUUCUAAAUGUGGGAAUGAAAAAUGCACGAUAAAUGUGAAGCAUGUGUGUUAUUUUUAGAUUAAUAAAUGUAUUUUUAAAAUUUUGAAUAAUUAAGAAUUUUUUAUAACUUGAAAAUAACUUGGGUUUUUGUUGGAAGCUUUGAGAUGACCUCUAAAUAUAUAUUAUUGUAUGAAAAAAUAAAACAAACACUGCGAUGUUAUAACUAACAAAAAUUCAAAACAUAGUGAAUUUUUACAUUUUCAAAUUGUCUGUCAUUUACUUGGGUUCUACUUUCUUUUAUUUCUCUUGGGUUCUACUAUCUGGUAAUCAAGAACAAAUAUUUUUAGAGAGCCGCCAGUAUCACAGCCAAUGAGAUAACUAACAAUAUAUUCAAUCAAAUCAAUACUGUAAGCAACAACGAAAAAACCAUUUCAAAAUUAAAUUUCCAGCAUUACAAUGCCUACGAAAACACUCCAAAUCCGGAUUACGAUGAUGAAAGAAGCGAUGCGUUCGACAGCAACCAUCAAUAUCCUCAAAAACAAAGUUUGUUUUUCUUUUUCAUUUCAUUCAAUUUCAAUUCAUAUAUUGAUCAAUCAACAAAAAAUAAGACUAUGACUCAUUGCAUAUUUGUUAUAUUUACAAUGUGUGAAAAAAGUUGUAUUUCUUUCUGUUUAUUUUUUUUCUUUAUCAUAAUUUAAUAUAAGGAAGAGAAAGAAGGAAAGGAAACGAGAAAAAUAAUAUUUUUUGAUUAUUUUAUUUUCCAUUUCUUGUGCCCGUUCUAUUAGUAAACAUAUUGCAUUCUAAACAUGCUAGUCCAUCGAUUUUGUGACCAAUGUUGGACAAAUUGUUAGUUUCUAUCAAAAUUCCAAAAAAAUGAUCAUCCAAAUCAAUAAGAUAAUUAUUUCAAUUUAUUUUAGAUCACGCUUCAAUCAUUCGUGAUAGAUCAAACACCAUCGAUAGUUCUGCUUCAUACGCUGAAAGUCGAUUUGGUCAAUUCGAUGUUCACGAUGAUAAUGAUCGUUAUACUGCUGAGCAAAUCAAUCUGAACCACAAUGAAGUUGCCUACCGACGUGUUGAACCAGUUAGCGUAAGUCAAUUUUUGGAAACUUACAAAGAAACAAGUCGAUAUUAUGUUCAAAAACUUUCGAUGACAAUUUUAAAAAUGCGCAAAGUUUUUGACUAUUUAAUUUCUUUCAAACUUUAUUAACUAUCCAGCUGAAUCAAGAAGUGCAAUGAUGUGAUCAUAUAUGAAUUCUAAAAUUAUAUUUUCAAUGGCAGAAAAAAAGAUUCAAACCCCUUGAAAAUGGAAAAAUUUCAAAUCAUUAUUUUCCAGCUCCCUGGAAGUGUCAUCUCUGGACAUUCUCACCGUAGCUUCCACACUGGUGGAACCCAAAAACUUCGCAAUAUUCAACGCGAAGUCGACGACGCACGCAACAAACGCGCUCAAUUAUCUCAUCAAGUCGAUAGACAACGUUACGACAAUGAUCGUCUCAAACAAUCAAACUUGGCGAGAGAAGCUUCAUUGAGAGUUAAUCAAGGAACCAAGCCAGGAGCAUAUGUCAUCAAGAGCUAUAACGAUUUGCCAAGACCAGUAUCGCAACACUCUUCUCGUAUGUUUUCACAUGCUUUUUUCCAGAAAAAUUAUCAUUUUCAAUUUAUUUUCAGAUAGCAAUGAGUCGUGGAGCAUUUAUGAGGAAGAAGAAGUCAAGGUUAGCAAAUUGGCUGCCAGACAAAAAGCUUCUGGAACUUUGCUUUCAAACAGUGGAAAAUACGAACUUUAUGUUCCACAAUAUUAUAUUGUUGAUAAUUUUUCAAGAAAUGAGAGAAUCAACAAAGUUGUUAUUGGUGGAGAAGCCGAACCAACUGAUGAAGAUAAGGUGAGAACGUUUUGAGUUUGGUAAAUCAAGUUUUCAACAUACGCGUCUUACUCUCAAAGCUCUUCCAAUAAAUUUCUAAUGUAAAUAUUUUCAGACUCUCCUUUUGUUUGGCCCAGUUUCAUCUGGAAAAACAUCGGUUGUCACAAGCAUGAUGAAUUAUUUGUACGACGUCAAAAAAGAGAAUGAAUUCCGAUUUGUUAUCGAUGAACAUAUUACUCCAACCACUGGAUUGACUGCCUAUGUUUUCAACAAUACAAUUCUUCCAUUUAAUGUUACUAUUGUUGAUACUCCAGGAAUUGUCAAUCAACAUGGAAAUAAAACUGUUUCAAAAUUGAUCAAGGAAUGGUUUGAGAAAGAACUCAUCGAAGAAGGAGCUUUCCGCCUUGAUGCUAUUUCAAUUGUCCUCCGCCACGAUCAAAAUACUCUUGAUUGGCCAUUCAUAUAUGAACUUGCUGAUGUUAAGAGAAUGUUUGGAGAUGAUCUUAAAACCAAUGUUCUUCCAAUUAUCACAAAUGCUGAUGUUCUUCCACAACCACUUGCAAUUAAAAGUUUGACUCAAGCAAAUAUCGCAUUCUUGGAAUAUUAUAAAGUCAACAAUGCUGGAUUUGCUAGUGACACUCACGGUGUUUCAAAACUUCAACAUAACUUGUACUGGACCCAUGGUGUUGCCUCUCUUGAAAACUUGUUCAAUGUGAGUUUUUCUGAUCUGUGAUUCGUUAAAACAAAAAACCUAAUUUUUGAAGGACCUCCAAGAACAAAUCCAUCCACUUGUCGCAAUUCUCCGACACAAAAAAGGAAAACCAGUCGAACCAUCAAAAACACUUGCCAACAAAACAUUGUAUUAA